GUGAUGGCAGCAGAACGGGGUGGGGAAGACCCAACAACAGCAACAACGGCAGAAUAAACGGGGAUAGUAACAGAAACAGAGCUGUUAACUUCAGUAGUGUGGUUAUUCUUUGGUUGACAUCUGUAACCAAUUUCAAGAGUUUUUCUACUCUCAGCCCAGCCUUAAAUAAGGCUCCUCUGGUGACUGCCUCAUUAAAUAGGCUCUUGCUGCUUGUGACCUGUAUUCUCAAAUUAUAAACCUUCUAGAAUCAAGUACAUAAAAUGUGUGCACAAAGGCUUUGGCCAACUGUACAGGCCCUCGGGCGAGGUUUGAUCAACAACAGGACAGAGAUUAUCCAGCAAGGUGUAAAAGCUUAUAAUGUGCAAAAUUUUAAUAAUGGUCAUCUUGGCCAGGGACACCAACAGAGCCACGUGGUUGGUCACGAUUGCUUCUCAACGACACAACGUGCCACACAUACUGUUCGGGGAUCAUUCAACAAAGUUGUUACUCGAUCUCUGCACUCAGGAACAGUAUUUUUUGUAAAGGAAUUUUGUGACUCUGAAAAUGAGCAUGCACAUGCUAUUUUGCGCUCUUUACCUGCUUACCAUGAAACUACAGUGGCUGGAGACAGUGUUUUAAAUCAUUCUUUUUAUCAACAUGCAGUUCAACUCUCAGACUCAGAAUGGGCAAGAUGUAGUCCUGAGGAGGUGGCAAAUGGAUUUAUUGCCAUGUCUCAGCUGUGUCGUCACCGUCCCAUGGACCUGGAGGAAUCGCAACAUUCUGGGCUAUGUAAUACACUUAGUAGCAAAUUAACACAAAUAAGUGAUAACCAGCUCCUAAUGGUAUUGUCGGCUCUCUCCCUUUGGCCUCCCACUGAUGGCACUACUACCCCAAAUUUUGUGGUAUUGUGGAAUGCUUUGGACCAGGCAUGCACUGAGCGUAUGCGUCGGUGGGACAUGGGAAAGAUGUUCUUGGUGGCUGAUCAUUGGUUUGCAUUGCGGCUAUCCAGAAUUUCCAUGUACAAUGUACGAAUGACUAAAAUUUUGGGGAGAAAAGUGACUUCAAUGGCCCCAACCCAGUUGGUGCAGUAUCUUUUUUAUGCUAAUUUGAGUCGAAAAUUAGAACCUUUUAUAGUUAAGAAGGAAAUAGAAAAGCGCCUUACUGAAGUGCUAGAACUAAUUUCAAUAGAAGAACUUGGUGUAAUUGCAAUGGGCUUCUUUAAAACUCAGACAUUUCUUGAAGAUGAAAAACUCAUAGAAGUCAUCAUUAAAAAAACUAAAGAUGAUUUAGAAUUUGUGUCGGAUGCUUCUUUGUGUGCCAUUUUGAAACUGCUACGAAAAAGUGUUCCUGUCACACAGUGGAAAUUGUUACAUGAACUAUUGGACUCUCUUCAGCCACACCUGGACAGACUCAACAACAUGUGUCUCCUUCAGGUUGCUCUGCUAGGAAAUGAUCUCCUUAUCUUUCAUCCUCAAGUUAUUGACACAAUUGCUUCAAAAUUUGCCAAUGAGAUGACAGUCUUACGAUUAAAAGAUAUAGAGAGAAUAACAUUUGCAUUGAUGUUGUACAACUAUGUGCCUCCUAGCCAACCUGACAUGUUUAACCUGAUCGCAAAAGAAUUGAGGCGUCCCGAGAGAUUAUUAGAGAUUAACCACUAUCCAAAGUGUUUUGUGUCAUGUGUAGUGUAUCUCAUGACAAUGGGCUUACUUCCUCAAGACCUUAUCUCUGCUGCCCUCCAGCCUUCCAUGCUUAAUCUCCUCAAAAUGAGCCGGAAUUACACUUCUAUGGGUCGUGAGGUUAAUGAGCUUGACUGGACACUGGAUAUUGAGGGUCCUCCAAAUUAUCGAGGAUACAGACUUUCACGUGAAAUGCGAACCCAGUUAACUAAGCAAUACAUGGGAAACCUACCCACAGGCCCUAGCAAAAAUCUGACUCAUCAAGAACGCUUACUUCUAGAAGUUAAAGACAAACUUGCGGCCUUAUUGGGAGGUUUACACCUCAUCACAAUCACACAUGCACUUCCCCAUAUCCAGAAUCCAGAUCUGAUAUUUUGCACCACAAAUAAUGGAGACCCUGUAUCACUACCUCAAGAGUACCUUGGCCUUGCUCCUACAUCACUUAAGUGUCCCAUAGAGCACAUUGGUGGUGUGCAGUGGAAUGCUGUCAUCGUUGCUGGACGAAAUUCCUUUAUUCGCAACAGUGAUACUUUGCGAGGCAAUAUAGAUAUGAAGAAGAGACAGCUAAAUAAAUUAGGUUAUCAUGUUUCAGUGGUCCCAUACAUGGAAUACACUCGUAAAAGUUUACGUGCGAAGCUCUGUUGUUUGGAACGCUGCUUAAAUGAAGGUUCUACUCUUGAUACCAGUGGCCGCUUGGACAAUGCCUGGGUUGUGCUGAAAGGUCAGGCAGAACGACAAGAAGAGAUAAAUGGAUGAGUCAUUACAAGCUAUUUGCAGCGAGUUGUGGUGUAGUUGGCUGCACACUGCAUUUAUAUCCAAUGACUGACACAGAGUUCAAUGACUCAUGGAUGCUGCUAAAUACUUCACAGUUAAUGGUGGCUUUAGUUUUUAUUGAUACUUUGGGCUGAAGAUCAACAUUAUUUGCAUUGAAUUAUGUUCAUAUUCUUGAGCGAAGAGGUAAGAAUUUGGGGCAAAUGUUAGUCGUUUUUAGUUUGCAGUUGAGAUAGGAAAAAUUACUGAAAAGGUAGUGUUUUUGCAAAGUUAGGUUCACCAGCAUUUCAUCAAAGUGAGAUUUUUGCAGUGACUGGUAAAUGAUAAUUAUUAAGUAUUAGUCUUUAUUUUUUAGUUAAUAUCAUUAGUGAAUGAAUAGCAGUCUACAUUCAUAGGCUAAUGAGGAUUUAGACGAGGCAGAAAAUUGCCUGUACUGGCUUGGUAAUAAUGAAGAGCCCAGUGGAAUGUCCGCUGUUGCUGCUGCCGUAAUUUUGCAUAGCAGAUGUCUGCUGCAGUCAGUGAAAUAUUGCUUGAACUUGAAUAAAUAUAAUUCAUAGCAGGUGGGAAAGACUUUAAAUCUUAAAACAUUUAUUGAAGUACAUAUCAAUGUUUAGGUAAUUAAAUCAGUCCCCAUAAUCAGAAUUUGUUUCUAAAACAUGACAUAACAUUGAGCAAAGCAUAAUACUGAAAAUACAAGAAAACAUUAACAGACCAUGAGAAAAUUAUUAUUACUAUAAUAAAAAAAACGCUAAAUCUACAAGGGUCAUACAGCGCUGCUGGGCAGGGAAGGAUGCAGGGGUACCAUGAGAAACUUUUUAGUUUAAAUUAGUUUUUUUUUUUUCUCAUGCUUUGAUAAUAUUCUAUAUUCUCACUGUGAUUUGUACACUUAGAGCUCGUUCCAGAAAUGAAUACUGGUAACACCGAUUUCAAGUCUUUCCUGCUUGGUAAUGGCAAGCACACUUAAUGUAGUGAAGUCUUUAUUGGUAUUGUGUUCCACCCCACAAAGUGGGCUUAAUCAGAUACAUGGAAAAAUUUUAAAUUUUUUAUUAGGCAUCUGGGGCAAGUGAACCUGUGUAACUAAUAGGCUGCACAAAUAUAAGAACAAGAAGGGUUGGAUCCACGUAGGUCCUGUCUAGCAUUAGCCAGAUAGUUGUACCGCAAGAGUCCACUGGUCAAUGCUAGAUUUUCUUUGUACCAAUAUAAGGUAUGCUAGGGUAAUCUCCAGACUGAACGCGACUUGAGAUACCUAUGUUUAACCUUGUUUUCUUGAAACAGUAGCUAUAGCCCUGGCUUUAUGUGGGAAUGGAUGUUACAGUGUUGUAUACAUGUGUAUUUGUGUUCUUGUCAGCAUGUGGGAAGACUCCUGUCAGUUUCACCAAUGUAAACUCUCGCAUCCACUA